GACACUUUGUUAUUUUAUUUACCUAAUCAUCUUCUCCAGCACCCCACAUGCUCUCUCUCUCUCUCUCUCUCUCUAUAGAUAAUCACAUGAUAAUGUGAGCGAGAUAAAAGGAGAACUAAAAUUAACGAGACCCAUACAGAAAGGCUCUCUUCAAAGCAAAUGCUUCCCCAUAAGCAUAGGAUUAGGACAUAGCUAUAUUUAGCUUCCUCAAUCAUCCCCCACCCUCUGUGGGACCUCUGCCCUAAUCUCCAGGUCAAACACAACACAGCCACCACCACCACCACCCUCGCUCUCUCUCUCCUCUGUGUGCGUGUGUGUGUUCGCAUUUCUCCUUCUCUCUCUAAGCCAACACGGUUUUGAGUCUUUUGACUUGCAAGUUUGUUGUUUUUGUUUUCUUUUUAAUCUUCUUCAAGAAAAUUGAAAGUAGACCAAGGGACGGGACGUCCUCCAAUCGAAAACUCUUGCAAACCAGAAGAAAGGGAAAUUAUACGAACUGGGUUCCCUCUCUCUUGGCUUCCCAUUGUUUCUCUGCCCUCUUCGUGGUCGAUCCAUGGGCGAGGGAGGCGGUUUGAUCCAUUGACUCGUCUCUGCAAUUCGAGUUUAACGAAACCCAAGUUGCGGAAUCCAAUGCGGGCUUCCAACAUACCCGAAAGAGCCAAUUCAAAGACGACCAAGAAGAGAUCUCAAAUCUCGGAAUCUGUGCGGAUCGGGGCUUCUUGUGGCGGUGGAUCUGAUGUCGAGUCUUGUGGGUCGUUUGGUGGGGUUGCGGGGGUGGAAUUCUAGGGUUUCGGCGACGACGACGACGUGGCCGCGCAGACGACGAUGCAGCUUCAUUUCUCUCCUAGCAUGAGAAGCAUCACGAUCUCGAGCAGCAAUGGGUUUAUUGACUUAAUGAAGAUCAAGGUCGCAGCUCGCCACAUCUCUUAUAGAACCCUCUUCCACUCUAUCCUCAUCCUCGCUUUCUUGUUGCCUUUUGUCUUCAUUCUCACCGCUGUUGUUACCCUUGAAGGUGUCAACAAGUGCUCAUCAUUCGAUUGUUUAGGGAGACGUUUGGGACCAAGGCUUCUUGGCAGGGGUGAUGAUUCAGGGAAGCUGGUUAGAGAUUUUUACAAGGUCCUCAAUCAAGUGAACACUGAAGAAAUCCCAAAUGGUCUAAAGCUGCCAGAUUCAUUCAGCCAACUUGUUUCUGAUAUGAAAAACAAUCAGUAUGAUGCAAGGACCUUUGCUUUUAUGCUAAAGGCAAUGAUGGAGAAACUUGAAAGGGAAAUCAAGGAAUCAAAGUUGGCAGAGUUGACGAACAAACACUUUGCAGCAAGUUCCAUCCCAAAAGGCAUUCACUGUCUCUCUCUGCGUUUGACUGAUGAAUAUUCAUCUAAUGCUCAUGCACGCAGACAGUUGCCUUCUCCAGAAUUACUUCCCUUACUUUCUGAUAACUCUUACCAUCACUUCAUCUUGUCAACUGAUAACAUCUUAGCUGCUUCAGUAGUGGUCACCUCUGCUGUGCAGUCAUCUUUAAGACCUGAAAAAAUAGUCUUCCAUGUCAUCACAGACAAGAAAACUUAUGCGGGUAUGCAUUCCUGGUUUGCAUUAAACCCCAUCACCCCUGCAAUUGUUGAAGUAAAAGGUGUUCACCAGUUUGACUGGUUAACAAGAGAGAAUGUUCCGGUGCUUGAAGCUGUAGAGAACCAUAAUGGGAUUAGGAGUUACUACCAUGGGAAUCACAUUGCUGCAGCCAAUCUCAGUGAGACUACUCCGCGAGUCUUCGCUUCAAAAUUACAGGCUAGAAGUCCAAAAUACAUUUCAUUACUCAACCAUCUUCGCAUAUAUUUACCAGAGCUCUUUCCAAACCUUGACAAGGUAGUAUUCGUAGAUGAUGAUGUUGUAAUUCAGCGUGAUCUGUCUCCACUAUGGGAUAUUGACCUCAGGGGAAAGGUAAAUGGAGCUGUCGAAACAUGUAGAGGUGACGACGAAUGGGUAAUGUCUAAGCGAUUCAGAAAUUACUUCAAUUUUUCUCAUCCUCUUAUAGCGAAGAAUUUGAACCCUGAUGAAUGUGCAUGGGCUUAUGGGAUGAACAUCUUUGAUCUAAGUGCUUGGAGAAAGACGAGUAUAAGAGACACUUAUCAUUCAUGGUUGAAGGAGAAUCUGAAGUCAAACCUGACAAUGUGGAAACUAGGAACAUUACCGCCUGCGUUGAUUGCAUUUAAAGGCCAUGUUCACCCAAUCGAUGCAUCAUGGCACAUGCUGGGCUUGGGUUACCAGAAUAAUACAAACAUUGAGAAUGUGAAGAAUGCUGCAGUUAUCCACUACAACGGUCAAUCAAAGCCAUGGCUGCAGAUUGGCUUUGAUCAUCUCAGGCCAUUUUGGACCAAAUAUGUCAACUACUCCAACGACUUCAUAAGGAAUUGCCACAUGUUGGAGUCAUAGUCGGAUCAACUCGGCCAGUUGAGACAAAAACCAAAAAGUGAUAUUGUUGCGUAAGCAAGUUUUUUGGCUGCUAAAAAUUCUAUCGAGAUCUAUUUGUGAAGACACCACAAGAAGCAGAACAGUGGAUUGGUGUCCAAAGAGGUAUUACUUUCCAGCUCCAGGUUCGCUGCUGUCCCUAGCACAUGUGCUGAAGAGGACUUCCCAGCAUCACUAUUCAAUAGCAUGGGCUUGAGAUUCAUUCUUUCAUGUAACAUAGCAACGCUGUCGUUUAUUUUUUUGGUCGGAAAAAAGGGAUAAAUUCUCGUCUUCCCAGGUGGGGGGAGGGGGGGGGGGGGGGGCAUCCUUGCCACCGCAUAUUUUUGAAUACACAUGUUUUUUGAAAAGAACAAAUUGCCCAUCUUGGAUUGCAACACAGAUUUUGGUGCAAGAAGAAGAGGAAGGCUUCAUCAGCAGGUCUCUUGUGAGGCUCCCAUAUUUCUCCAGAAGCAUUUUUUCCCCCCCAAAUUUUUUGUUUUGCGUUUUUUUUUUAAUUCCCCUGUUCUUAUUUCUUGUAGUACCUUCCAUUUUUUGCCCCUUGAUUGCUUGUCAUAAUUGUGAUUUUAGGAGUAGGCCGUGGAGAUUGCCUUAUAGGUUGCAUUGUAUGGGGAACUGAACGAAAAAUAUAUCGGUAUUUGUUAUGUACCUUCUUGAGAAGCAUUCAAAUGUGCAGAAAAAAAAUAUAUUUUUUCUCA